GUAGCGCCGUGCUGAUGAAACCGAUAAAGGAGCACGCACUGCGGUUAUGAGAAAGAGGAACUGAUUCUUGUAUAGCUUGGUCUCUGAGUAUGAACGGCCAAUAUCGAUUUCGUGCAGCAGACAGCGUAAUGAUGGCAUUCAUUUGUUUCUGCGUCAACUCUGACAACUGAGAUCAUUUGGAGAUGACCCAGGUGACUAUAUUCAGUGACAAGUUAAAAAUCGAACCCGAAUCAAACGUCAAGAAUGCCCCUAGUGCCGAUCGGCGACAGUAGAAAUCGGCCCAGGACAAGGUCUUUGGCUGCCUCAGCGGAGAGGUUUCGACCUUCUCUACGUUAUCUGCUAAGUGCAUGGCACCUUAAUCAACGUGUGGACAACAGCCCCUUUUCGUCUCUGCAGGAACAGGAAUUAUGCAAGAUAGCCCAUGCGAAAGCUGAAGGCGGUACGCAAUUGUCUCAAUCAGCUUUCUGCGUUCUAGUCUAUCGGUUUGCGGUACGCUUUAAUCGAGCGUCCACGGGGCACCUCCAGGCAUGGAGAAAUUCUGGAGGUCGUGCUGGCAAAAAAUGGCUUAAAGGUUUUCUUGCAAGGUAUCCGGAGUUACGAAACGCUUUCGUAAACGAAACAACUGCGUCAGUAUCGGCAUCACUGCUCGAAUUGCCUUCGAACCUAGCGUCUAGUCAACGGUCCCGCAAACAGAAGUCCAAUGCAGGAUUGGCGUCCUCAAAUGAUCAUAAAGAAAACAAAGGAGCGCAUCCGCAAUCCGCGGGCAAAAAAGUCGUUACGAUUUCGUACCACUCGAAAAAGAUCGGAACUAACCCAGCCCGUCAGCAACGAGAUCAAAUAAGCAAGCAAAGUAACGUGCGCCAAGUUGUUAUUGAAACCCUUGUAAGAUAGAAAUGGUUCAUUUCAUCUAUCUGUCACAGGGUUGAACAGGCGCGUUUCGUGAAUGUUCGGCAUAGCAAUAACAAUGACAUUUCGACCGAGUUGUGUGCUUACUUGCCAAGCAAUUUUGAUAGGUAGAGUGUAAUGUAAAAUAUCUGUUCAAUAUAUGCCAUAUUUCCGAUACUCUAGCUUAUGAUAUGGUAAUGUUACGAACACGUAGCAAUAUCAUUUCGCUUUAGUUCCGUCGAGGGUAUCACCUCCGAGUAGUAGCAUUAAUUAACCGAAUCGAAGAAUGAAUGGUAGAUGAGUUGAGAGAAGGCGCGCAGUAAGCUGUUAUUAAGACUACUGGCUUUAGGAUAUUUCCAGAGUACUUGUUGAGUUCAAUGAUCUCAGAUAUUCGCAGCGCUUGGUCCCAGUCAUCGUCAAAGUAUACCUCUGCUCCAGUCUAACUUGGUGAGAACUGGAAUUGAUCGGAGGCACAACAGAUAAGUACUGUUGGGUCAAGGGUCUUAAUCGUUUGGAAUAUCAGCUGCUCUUAAAAAACGAAAGAUUUUAGAGUUGUGAGUUAGUGUCGGUUCACGUAAACAUCUGUGUUGGAUCUCUGAUCUUGGCUAGCGGAUACUACUUCGUAGUAUUAAAAGCAGAUAGCUGAUGCAUUUACAUGUUGCCUAUGUGAAUGUUUCCUUUUUUGUGUUUAUACUUACAAGAGAGAACUUUAGGAUGGAGGAAAAUGUUUCCACUUUCUAAUCGUAACUCUGUGCGAAGUUGGACAAAUAAGAAGUUGUAGGGCUCACUGGAUCUGUCACUCGACAAUCUUCUACCAACUUUGUACUGUGAACAGUAAUUAUCCAUAGCGAGCACAGAAAAGGCUAAGCAUUUGAGGUGAACAAUCAAUAAUUAUGCUUGUAGUAUUAAUGGCAUUUGAUCUCUUCGAACAUAAUUUAUAAAAAAUAUUGUUCCGUUAAACCGAAAUGGCUCCAGAAGAUGAAACAGAAUUGGUACUAUGUAAAGAAAGCUGAAAUAAAAUAAACAGUCAAGAACAAGUAAAAAAAAUCGGAAUCCGGUGCAUGUAUUGCAAGAAACGAUAAUUCUGUUCAUCGAUUGAGUUUCGACCUACGCUUAACUAUAUGGAAAGCUACACAGCUGCAGUGUACGUUAUUCGUUGCAAAGAUUGUGUGUUUAGGGCUUAGUUCGGGUACAUCUCGAUUGCUUAGUAGUCAUCGUGAGAGUAACCUGGAAACGUCGCACAUCUAUGGUUGAAUCCUUAGAGCUGGAGUGUGUAGGGCUCAUGCGUCGACCAUCCAUUAAACAUACCUAUCAAGCAUGUCGUACGGUUGCAUAACUCUAUGCUCGUAUAUAGACGCAGAAUAUUUUUACUGGGUUAACUGCACAAUAUACAAGUUGUAUGUGCAUAUUAGCUAAAUUAAUGCUACAUCUAUCGUUUUUGCAAUCGUAAAAAUAGA